CCGGAAUUCAAACGGUUUUUUUUGACUGAGAGGAAACGCGCGCGCGCUCGCGGUGGUUCGGGAAAGAAAGGUCGAAGUUUUUAAAAACGUUUUAAAGGAAGGGGAGCGCGCGCGGGCGGCGCAUGUGUUUACUGAGUCGGAGUGGUGAAUGGAGAAGGAGAUAGUGAUAUGAUCAACGUGUAAAGGUAAGAAAUUAUCUUAGAAAAUGCCACUCUAUGGUAAAAUCGUAGUCAUCAAGCGUACUGGAGCAGAUGGAUAUAAUUUUCCUUUGACGUCAUCUUCAUGCUUAUUUGGAAGGAAAACUGACUGUGAUAUCCGUAUCCAGUUGCCACAUGUUUCAAAAGAACAUUGUAAGCUUGAAGUAAAUGAAAAUAAUGAGGUAAUUUUAACUAAUUUGAGUGAAGUUAAUCGAACACAUUUAAAUGGCAAUGUUGUGCUUCACUCUGAACGUCUAAAGCAUCACGAUGUGUUCACAGUUAUUGAUCGUUCUUUCAGGUUUGAGUACCCUCUGGAUUCAGUGCACAACACUAGCCCAAGAAAAAGACGGAGUUCGUCAAGUCUGAGGAACGAAACUUUACAAGUUCUUCAUGUUCAACAGGAAGUGGAUGAUUGUUCACAAUCUUCUGGUAAUGAUCAUCGGUCUACAAGUGGAUGCAAAUCUGAUGAAAUCCUUGAAGCACCAACUAAAUCCACAAAGGCUACGCCAAAUGAAAAGGGUGAUUCAGCUCCAAAACCUGCACGGAAGAGAAGCUCCUCAAAGAUUCUUAACAAUGAACAACCUGCUGAUGAGGAACAUACAUCUCCUUUUUCCAAACUUUAUGAAAUGUUCAAGCACGAAGUCACAAAGCCAAUUCCGGUUAAACCAAACAAAGAAAACACUGACAUAUCUGUUAAAGAAAGCAUCACUGACUUGACAGAAGAAGCUAGUGUUGUGGAAAAGAAAUCUGAUGCCAUGGUUUCUCAGUUUGGCAAGAAUUCCCAAACAUCGCCAAGCACAAUUCGAGUGUCUGGGAGGAGAAGCAAAGUUAAGCUAGAAGAAGGAAAGAUGAAAAAAGACAACACAUGUGAAAAAGUUAACAAGUUGGAGUCUUUGUUAGUUGAGGAUGAUGCAUCUGCCAAACCAACUGACAUUAACAGUGCCAAGCAAAAUAAUAUUUCUGAAAAACUAAACAAGUUUACAGAUAAUCCCUCUUUUGGGGCAAAUGCUACACCACUUACAUCUUUUGAAGUAGGUGUUAAAGGGAAGGAUCAAAAUCACCUGCCUCCAAAACGUACACCAAACAUAAAACGAAAGAGUCAGAAUUUUACAACUUGCAACUCGAUAACAGUAGAUGAAGCUAUAAAGAAAAUUCAUGAGAAUCUUGACUUUUCAAUGGAAAAAGGAAUAGGUAUGAAAACUGUUGAAAUGGAGCACCUACCUGCUCAUGGAGACAAGGAAAGGGCUGAAACCCCCAAGAAACGUAGCAGAUCAUCAUUGCGUAACAACAAAACUGUACAACCUCCAGAGAUUCAGCUAGAUCAAGUUGAAUCCACAAAUGUCACUGAGCCUUCAGUUGCACAGGCAGUAGAUAUGAAACAGCCAGCUGCUCAUGGAGACAAGAAAAGGUCUGAAACCCCCAAAAAACGUGGCAGAUCAUCAUUGCAUAACCAAAAUGUACAACGUACAGAGAUUGAAACAGAUCAAGUUGAUUCCACAAAUGCCUCUGAGCCUACAGUUUCACAGGCAGUAAAUAUGAAACAGCCAUCGACUUAUGGAGACAAGGAAAAGGCUGAAACCCCCAAGAAACGUGGUAGAUCAUCAAUGCACAACAAUAAAACUAUACAACCUCCAGAGAUUCAGCCAGAUCAAGUUGUAUCCAUAAAUGUCUCUGAGCCUUCAGUUGCAAAGUCAAAAGAUAUUUCAAUAGAUCUGAAAGGGGCACCUGCUCAUGGAGACAAGGAGAAGGCUGAAACCCCCAACAAACGUGGCAGAUCGUCAUUGAAUGUCAAAGCUAUACAACCUCCAGAGAUUCAGCCAGAUCAAGUUGUAUCCAUAAAUGUCUCUGAGCCUUCAGUUGCAAAGUCAAAAGAUAUUUCAAUAGAUCUGAAAGGGGCACCUGCUCAUGGAGGCAAGGAGAAGGCUGAAACCCCCAACAAACGUGGCAGAUCGUCAUUGAGUGUCAAAGCUAUACAACCGUCAGAGAGUCAAGCAGAUCAAGUUGAAUCCAUAAAUGUCUCUAAGCUUUCAGUUGCAAAACCACCUGCUUCAACUAAACCGAAAAGACACACCACUCCCUCUUCACUCCGUGUGCGCAACAAUAGAAGGGAAGGUAACUGCCCAACUGAAGCAGAAUGCUUGGAUAAGACUUGUACAUCUAAUAGUCCACACAGGUUCUUAACUAGUGAACAAACUGAGAAGGUGGUAAGGGGGGAUCAUAAAAGUCCUAUGAAUACCACCACUGAACAACUGGGCCAGUUUUCAGCUGCAGAUGUUGGAUUCAAUCUGAAUUGUAGUAGCAAAGAAUCCUCUUCAUCUCCAGGUGCUAUCCUUCAUUCAUCUAAAAAACGUAGAAGUGCAAAUGAAGAAAAUGCUUAUGCACCAAUUUUUAAACGAAAGAGAGUUUCUUUUGGUGCAAACCUGAGUCCGGAGUUGUUUGACAAACGCAUGCCACCAAGCUCUCCCCUCCGAAAAGGAGGCACUCCAACCAGAGUGAGCACACCAUUUCGAAGUACUCCACAUACAGUAUUGAAACGUGCGUCCAUCAUAGGAAUACACAGUUGUACGAUUCAGGAAUUUAAUGAGCAAACUGAACAUGAUCAAAUAAGUCCCAGGCGGUCUCGCACCCCAUCAGAAGAUUCUUCCAGGCAAACCAAGAAAUCACCUGCCAAAAUUUCCUCGCCAGUCAAGGAGUCUGCGUUAACAACUGCUAAAAAGUCACCUGUAAAGGGAUCACCCUUAGUCAAGACACCAAUGUCAAGCAAGAUAGCUCCCUUGUCAACAACAAUACCCUCUUUGUCUUCCAGCAAGAAGUCAUCUGUUCCAAGAUCUCCUUCACAAAGCAAGUCUCCCUCAUCCAUUACCAAGAAGUCAUCUGAUGUUAAAGCAUUGCCAACUUCGUCACCCAGACAAUCGGUAGCCAAUAAAUUGCCAAGUUCAAUUGAUGAAAGAUCAUUUGAUUCUUCUCCACGUACACGUGGACGUUUCUCCAUCUCACAUGUUGUCACCCCCUCAUUAAACCGAUCAAAGUCUCCUUGCUUUACACCAACUUCCUCUGAUGUAGCCCUGUUCAGAAAAUCUCAGGAGAAAACAGGUUUAAUGUCAAGCUCUGGGAAAAGUUCUUCCAGAAAGAGCACCAGACGAAGUGGUUUGUUACUUGCAGCAGUACGUGCCAGAAGACAGACAGGAGCUUCUGCUGCCAAUUUAUUUGCGAAAAAAUCAUGGGCACAGAUAGUGAAGGAAGGAGUGGCAAAACCUCAGUUGCAGUGUGCAAGAAAGAAAUCUGCUGUGGUGCAAAAACGGACCAAGAAUACUGUCUCUUUGAAAGUGACUCCUGUUCAUUCAGUGAAAGGCCACUUUAGUACUGGUCAUGCUGCAUCCCCAGCAACCAUAGUCAUUGGAAAGUCACAGGUUACUACUAUUAAACCAACUGGACAGGUUCCGCGGGUCAUAAGAACUGUUUCACUGAGACGUAAAGACUAUGAAAUGGAUGAAAGUUUGUCCGGCAUGGCUGAAAUGUUUAGUACUCCAACAAAUGAAAAUGUGAGCACACAGCCAGUAUGCUUAACCUCAGAUAUUGUUGAUAAUUCUCAAACUGCUCUGGCCAACCCAAUAGCACAGAAAUCAUUCGAUGAGUCCAUUAUCAAAACACCUGAAGAAACUGGUGUAAUGACUGUCUCACCAUUAAGUACCCCUGGUCAAAGUAGUGGAAAAUACAGCAAUUCAGUUUCACGUUUACUGAGAUGCAGAGUUGAUUUCUCUUCUGGUAUAAAUGAUUGUUACAAAAACAUCACAAAAGUAAAAGGCAAACCUGUGGAAGAUAUGGUUGGUGUAAAAAGAAUCAUGAAAACUCCCAAAGUAAAAGGCAAGCCUGUGGAAGGUAUGGUUGGUGUAAAAAGAAUCAUGAAAACUCCCAAAGUAAAAGGCAAGCCUGUGGAAGAUAUGGUUGGUGUAAAAAGAAUCAUGAAAACUCCCAAAGUAAAAGGCAAGCCUGUGAAAGAUAUGGUUGGUGUAAAAAGAAUCAUGAAAACUCCCAAAGUAAAAGGCAAGCCUGUGGAAGGUAUGGUUGGUGUAAAGAGAAUCAUGAAAACUCCCAAAGUAAAAGGCAAGCCAGUGGAAGAUAUGGUUGGUGUAAAAAGAAUCAUGAAAACUCCCAAAGUCAAAGGCCAGCCAGUGGAAGAUAUGGUUGGUAUUAAAAGGAUCAUGAGGUCUCCCAGAGUCAAAAGCCAGCCAGUGGAAGAUAUGGUUGGUAUUAAAAGGAUCAUGAGGUCUCCCAGAGUCAAAAGCCAGCCAGUGGAAGACAUGGUUGGUAUUAAAAGGAUCAUGAGGUCUCCCAGAGUCAAAAGCCAGCCAGUGGAAGAUAUGGUUGGUAUUAAAAGGAUCAUGAAGACUCCCAGAGUCAAAGGCAAGCCAGUGGAAAAUUUUGCUGGGCUGCCUAAGCUUAUGACUGAAACUAAACAAAAAGCAGAAUCUCCUGGAGUAAACUAUGAUGGAAUAAAGAAUUUAUUUCAUACUGUGAAGGAGAUAGAAAGCUGCGACAAGACGAGUUUGGAUGAAAUGUUUUCAGCUGCUAUAAAAACUGAAGAGAGUCCAGAUUCCAAGCUGCAACCAAGUUUACAGAGAAGUGCAAACAAAGAGGCAACGAAUAAACUACCUACAUCACCUGAGAAUAUGAAUAGUGUUAGACAGAUAACAGAAACAACAGAAAAUAAAUUGAGUCAGGUUGUAGAACAUCACAAUGACUUACAAUCAACAAAAAAAAAAUCUUCCAGCCAAACCUGUGAUAAUUCAAGUCUGACAUCAGAUGUUAAGGUGUCUAGAAAGGAACAAAUUCAGACUGAACGUGUGACCUCUCCAUCUUCCCAAGAACUGCAAAUGCUGCAAUCUGAGCAGUUUGAAACUUCUCACAUGUUUGAAACUAAAAGUGUUGAUUAUUUGGAGAGCCAAACAGGUGAAUCUAAAGAUGGACAAGCUGUAUUGAAUAAAUUAAUUUUACCAGCAAGGAGAUCGUUAAAAGGAAGGAAGGAAACAAACAAAAUUGGUUCAAAAGAAUGUCUAAUGACAAUGAAUGCCACACCAAAUAAGAGCGGAUGUUUAGUUGAAUGCAUAGAGGAAGUAAGCAAAAUGGUUUCAACCAGGAAAUCUUUAGCAAAGAAGGAAUCUAAUGAUGUUGAUGUGCAGAUGUCAGUUGCAUUGAACAAGACCACACCAGAUGAGAAAGAAUCUCCCCAAGAGUCAAUUAAAGAAGUAACUGUGUUGAAGCCACAGGCGCGGAGAUUGUUGAAAGAAAAGGAUGAAAUACAACCAAUUGAGUCCGAAGAAUUGUCUACCUCAAUAAAAAGGAAGAAAGUUCACAGUCUGAUAACUGAUGAGAAAAUAUCGCUUAGAUCAAAUAAAGCCAUGCCAGGGAAAAAAGAGUCUCCCCGAGAGCAAAUAGAGGAAAUAAAUGUGUUGAAAUCGCAGGCAAGGAGAUUAUUGAAAGAGAAGAAUGAAAUUCCACAGGUUGAAUCAAAGCAACUGUCUGCCUCAACAAAAGGAAAGCAAAUCUGCAACAAUCAAGAUGUUGAUGUGAAAAUGUCACUUAGAUCAAAUAAUACUACUCCAGGCAAAGGAGAUGCACUCCUUGAUCAAAUUGAGGAAGUAACUGUGUUGAAUGGGAAGAAUGAAAUUCAAAAUAUUCUCAAUGUUCAAUUGAAAGAAUUGCCAAGCAACAAUGCCACACCAAUUAGAAAUGAUUGUCCAUGUAAAGAUGAGGAGUUGAACGAGCUAUUUUCACCAUUAAUUCAAUCAUUGAGAGGGAAGAAGAUAGUUCAAAAUGUCAACAGCACUGAAGACAAGACAGAAGCCCAAAAUAUUCAAGACAAUGAAGUAACAGACCCUUCUACUUCAGCAAAGACCUACAGGCGAGAUAAAAGACAAAUUCCAGUGUUACAAGUUGAAGAGAUGGUGCACAAAAAUUCAAGGAAGAGACUUCAAAGAAGAAAGGUGGAAACUGAAAUUAUCCAAGUUACAGAACUGAAAAAUUCGGCUAUAGCAAUGACCUCAAAAGAUGAGAAGGAAACUCAAUGCAUACAAAAUGAAAAAUUAGACAAUUCACCUUUGAACCUAGCAAUGCAUGAAACUAGUAACGUCCAAAAUGUCGAAUUAACGAUGACGAAAAAUGAAUGUGCAUCAUCAAAAACUUCUGUAAACGGCAAGGAGGUUAAAGACCUUCCAGUUGAAGAUCCUGAAGUGCUUAUUUCAAAAGGAAGAUCACAGAGAAGGAAGAAUUCUAAUGUUGAAGAACCUGAGGGACAAAAGCAACUUGGAACAACAGAUGGGUACACAAGGAGGAGAGGAACUCGCUGUACACGUGCUGAAAUCUUAAAGGACUCAAAUGUCUUACAGGAUAAUUUAAGAAAUGAGGAAGUGGUAGAUAAAGAAAAUGGAGUUAACUCUGCAAAUCUAAAAUUACUUGAAAAAGACCUGGCUUGUUCCAAAUCCAGGUCCACACGAGGAAAGAGAGGACCCCAGGAUUUUCUUUUGGAAGAAGUUGGACAGGAAUCUGCUCUGGCAAAGAAAUUGCGAAAAGAAGAACUUGAUGAAGCACUAUUAAAGAAAAAUGUACACUGGGAUUCUAACAUUACAUCUGCCAAAUUAGAUGGUACAGUAGAGAUGUUGCAAGAUACAUUUAAGAGAACAGAGCUUCCUGUACUUGAAAGACGGUCACGAAGAGGAAAAUCUGCAAAAGAAGUAAAUUCACAAACUUCGUUGGAGUCAAUAAAAAUACCAGAUAAAGUAGUACCUGAGCGUGCAAGCAACAAAGUAAUUGCUGAUGCAUGUGUAAUUCCUGAAUCACCUGAACAGAAAGGAAGGCCAAAAAGGGGAAAAGCUAAUGUUUUGUGUGAAUCAAAGGCAUUUACUAAAGAUAAAUAUGAAAAUGCUAAGGACGAAAUGUCUGCAACAAGAGAGACCAGUCAACAUAGUGAAUCAGUCUUAAAGCCAUCACCUACAUCAAUAAGAAGAGCACUAAGAGGAAACACUAGACAGAAAGUAACUCAAAUUGAGGAAGAAAAUGUAAAAGAAUUGCCAUCUAGAAAAUCAAAAAGAAACCUAGCAGCGCAGAAAUUAAUCACAACUAAUGAUGAAGAGCAACAUGUUCUGGUCAGUGGGACCUCCAGGAAAGAAGAACUUAAAAUGGCUAUGGAUUCAUCUAAGGCAAAGGUGAGAGAUGUGCAAGCUGCUAAACAAACUGCGAAUAAAUGUGAAAGUAUUAAUGAAGCAGCAAAAGCCUUUGAAUUGAUGAGUGAUGCUAAGAAAACUGAUACAGUAUUGUCAGGUGAAUGUGAAAUCAAAGAAAACACUCGACCCAAGAGAGGUGUUAGAAAGGGAAGAUCUGCAAAAGAGAUUGAAACAAAAAUUGAAGUGGAAAAUGCAGUUUUUGAAGCUGCAGAACAACUGAAUUUGUCGAAGACAACUUCAAAAGAAGCAACUCAAACUGAGGAAGGUACUCAGGGAAAAAAGUCUUUUGACAAAAAGCUGCAUAAGCCAGUUACUAACGUAAACAACAAAACAAAAAAUGUUAAGAAAGAUGCUCUAUCUGUUGAGCAAGCAUUUUCAGAUGAAGGGCCACAAAUUGAAGAAGCGGUUGAUCCUGUUCUCGGAAAGGGUGGCCGUGGAAGGGUUAAAAGAAGCACUUCAGCUGUUAUCAGUCAGGAGAUGAGCGUAAAUGCAACUGGAAAGAAACAAGUCACAGUAAAUUCAGCUACUGAAUCUGAAAAGACCAAGACAGCCAGAAGAGGACGAAACAAUGACAAGGAAACUGCUAAUAUGAUUGUUCAAGUAGACAAAAAUGAAUUAAUAGAUAAACGGAGGAGACCUAAUGUUGAAAUGCGAACAAAUGGUGCUGAGGUUAUGCAUUCCAGGAAAGAUGAGCUGGAAGAUGAUGGCAAAGCACAAGAUCCCAGCUUCCAGUUAGUGGAAUCUGCAAAAUCAGCUCGGAGAGUUACGAGGGCAAACAAAUCUUGUGCGCCUGCAGCAAUAGAACCAAUUUCAGAUCAGUUAGUUGUUAGUGCUUCACUUCAGCCAGCACCUUCAUGUUCAUCAAAAAGAACCCUCAGAGGAAAGCGUGCUAUUACAGAAACUACCGAUUUAUCUCCCAAAAAAUCAAAAAUUGAAACAGUGACUAGAAAUGUAAGAAACCAAGGCAGAAAAAUAGGCAAAAGGGAUGGUUCCCCAAAAAUCGAACUUGCUGCCAUGCCACAACCAGCUAAGCCAAUGGGGCGUUCUACUAGAUCUCGAAAAUAGAAAAACCCCUGCAUCCAGUCAUAUUCUUGUCAUGUAUUUGCAUUUAGAUUUCAGAAAUUGUUUUACAAUGGCUUUUUGAUUUUACUUUUGGAAAGGUUGAGCUUUUACUUUUACGGUAUAAUUUGUUCAGCAAGUUGCUUCUAGUGCUUGAUGGGAAAAGAAAAUAUAUUAAUGCUAUAUUGAAAUUUUAGUAGAAGAGCCAAUAUUUUUAUGAUUUUUAUAAGUCUGUAAUUUGUGGGAGGAAAUAUAAAGCAAUUAUUGUUGGAGGGAAGUACUCAUUGUGAUAUGGAAAAUUUUAUUUUUUCUGUAUCUGCAUCAACGAUUUGGAUUGUAUGUUGGCAUAAAUUGUAUUUUAUACUCAAA